CGCUUGAUUGCUGCUCACCCAGACCAAGGACAUAAUUGAUGAGCUAAUUGAAAGCCAGCGGUGACAGGACGGAGGAGAAGCCUCCAAUGAGAAAGUGGACUUGUAUCCCCGCCACAAUCCGACAGCAUUGAUGUGAGCAUUGCAGAGAGCUUCACGACGCGCACUUCUCCCCCUCUUUCACCCUCACAAGUGCACAUUUCCACUUCUCACACUUUAGUUUAAGUUUUCAUUUUAUGAAUGAUUCUCUCUCGUAAUAUAUCAUUGGAUACCUCGUCAUCAACUGCACGAACUCACUUCGGCACGUCUUUCCUAAAGUUCAAACGCCACCAAGAUUUGCUCUGCAACUACAAACGCACUUGGGGAAAAUAUCCGACCAGGAACAACUUGACACUUUCUUCAAGCGCAGCUGAAGCAACCACUGUGAACAUGAGUAUCAAAGCUGAUGUGGAGCCUAAUAACAACGUGUCUAUUGAGGAGGAGGUACGGACACUAUUUGUCAGUGGCUUACCAGUUGAUAUCAAACCAAGGGAACUUUACCUUCUUUUUAGACCAUUCAAGGGUUAUGAAGGGUCACUGAUUAAGUUAACAUCCAAACAGCCCGUUGGGUUUGUAACCUUUGACAGUCGGUCUGGAGCUGAAGCUGCAAAAAAUGCAUUAAAUGGCAUCCGUUUUGACCCCGAAAGCCCCCAGACCCUGCGCUUAGAGUUUGCUAAAGCCAACACGAAGAUGGCAAAGAAUAAGCUGAUGGCCACACCGAACCCCACAAAUAUCCACCCUGCUCUAGGAGCACACUUCAUUGCACGGGACCCAUAUGACCUGACGGGAGCGGCACUGAUCCCCGCGUCGCCAGAUGCCUGGGCCCCCUAUCCCCUCUACACCACGGAGCUGACUCCUGGUCUGCCGCACGGCGCCUUCACCUACCCGGCUGCAGCCGCCGCAGCCGCUGCCCUCCAUGCCCAGAUGCGCUGGUACCCAACACCCUCCGAGACCUCCCAGCCUGGAUGGAAGUCCCGACAGUUUUGUUAAGCUAUUAAGCUUCUGGAAACCCCACCUGCAUCCAGCUGACGGGAGGUUUGCCAAGCGCUUCAUUAAUUUAAUCAGGUUUAUUUAAUGGACAAAUGUGCAUUAGAAACAUACAGUAUUUAUAAUUCCUCAGAAUGUCUUCAAGACAUUGGAGGUGAAACCAUCUUGCUGUCAACAUUCUAAGCUUAUGAAUCCUCUUGGAAACUAAAGCUCUACCUUAGCACCUAACCGGGUAAAAAAAAACUGCUAGGCACGUUAACUUGCUAUGGAAAUUGAUACGUUGAAGUUGCCAUUUGUAAGCAAGUCCUUCCAUGGGUUGUCAUGGCACAGGAGAGGUUUAGAAGAGUAAAGUCAUUGCAUGUUAAGUCUCUUUGCAUGAUCUUGGAUCACAGUUUCUGUGGAUCCUAAUGUUAGUGUUUGUGUUGCCUCUUUAUCUUGGCCUAGACAAUUGUUUUUUGUUUUUUCCCUGUAGAACCCUGGUCUUGCCUCUUUGAAAGCUAGGCUGUUGUGUAAAUGGCUUAUCUCGCAUGGACCCUAUGAAUGCAUCUUUCUGACUAUCCCAGUCCUAGCCUUGUCAUUAUAAAUGUUUAUUAUUUGUGCAAAGAAAGUAUGAAUUUGUACUUUUUUGUGUGAUGUAUAUUUAUGCAUUUUUUUCGAGCAACUAAAAAAAAAAUCUGUCUAAGUUCGUUGUUUAGAUGUUUUUGGUGUUAUUUUUGAUCCUAUAAUACUGUUGAAGUAGUUUAAAAAAAGUGCAAUUGUAUUUGCUUAAACGGAAAAUGAGUGUCAAUGGAAGUGUUCGGAUAGUGGCCUUUGCCACCCUGACUGCUACAAUGAGAUUGCUGUAAAAUGCUGAUCUUUCAGAAUGUGAAACUGGAAUACGAACAAAAAAGGCUUGGUUUAUUUGGGGGAGGGAUGACCAUAUGGAAAUGCAGGAUUCAAGUGAAGAAGGAAUUUCAGUUUGUGGUUUAAAACUUGUUUGUCAUGGUAUCUGCUGUGCAUAAGAUGUAGAAGAAAAAAGUGACAUCUUAUGAAUAAAACAAACAAGCAAGUGAA